CGGGCCUUUUGGGGGAAAAUCCCCUUUUUAGGGAUCCCGUUCCCAUGGAAAGGCUGGAAAAGCCCUGAGCCGGCCCCGCUUCCCUCGGAGCGCUCCCGGGAUAAUUCCGAACCGCCACCAAAAAUAGUGCAAAGGCCCCGCGCCGCCGCUUUCUUUAUGCUGCACCUCUCGCCCUAAAAUCAGCCAUGCCCCGCAGGAAGGCGGCGGGGCCGCCCUGGGACGCUGCGGGCCCGGGCCCUCAGGGCGGCGGGCGGCGGCGGCCGGGCCCUCAGGGCGGCGGGCGGCGGCGGCCCCGGCCCAGCGGCGGCAGCAGCGGCGGCAGCAGCGAGGAGGAGGCGCCCCGGGAGCGGCGGCCGCGGGACGGCAGCCCCGGGGCCCGCAGGCCCGGCAGGCCCGGCGGGGCGGCGGCGGCGGCGGCGGGGCCCGGAGGCCCCGGGGCCCGCGGGCAGAGCGUGGUGAUCUGCGAGCCCGAGCACAGCAAGGAGCGCAUCAAGCUCGAGGGCUCCAAGAGCCGGGGGCAGCUCCUGAUCUUCGGUGCCACCAACUGGGACCUGAUUGGCCGCAAGGAGGUGCCCAAGCAGCAGGCGGCGUACCGGAACCUGGGCCAGAACCUGUGGGGGCCUCACCGCUACGGGAGCCUGGGCGGGCUGCGCGUGCGCUCGGUGGUGUCGGGGCCCUGCGCCGCCCACAGCCUGCUGAUCACCGCCGAGGGCAAGCUCUGGAGCUGGGGGCGGAACGAGAAGGGGCAGCUGGGCCACGGCGACACCAAGCGCGUGGAGGCGCCGCGGCCGAUCGAGGCGCUGGGCGGCGAGGCCAUCGUGGCGGCCGCCUGCGGGAGGAACCACACCCUGGCACUGACCGAGAGUGGCUCAGUGUUUGCCUUCGGGGAGAACAAGCUGGGCCAGCUGGGGCUGGGGAACCAGACGGACGCCGUGCCCAGCCCCACCCAGAUCCUGUACAACGGGCAGCCGAUCUCCAAGCUGGGCUGCGGGGCCGAGUUCAGCAUGGUCAUGGACUGCAAGGGGAACCUGUACUCCUUCGGGUGUCCCGAGUACGGCCAGCUGGGUACGGGAUCUGGGAUCAUCCCGUGGGAAUGGGGUCUGGGAUCACCCCAUGGGAACCUGUACUCCUUCGGGUGUCCCGAGUACGGCCAGCUGGGCCACAAUUCCGACGGGAAGUUCAUCGCGCGGGCGCAGCGCAUCGAGUACGACUGCGAGCUGCUGCCGCGGCGCGUGGCGCUCUUUGUGGAGCGCACCAAGGACGGCCAGGUGCUGCCCGUGCCCAACGUCGUGGUCAGGGACGUGGCCUGCGGGGCCAACCACACGCUGGUGCUGGACUCCCAGAAGCGCGUGUUCUCCUGGGGCUUUGGGGGCUACGGGCGCCUGGGCCACGCGGAGCAGAAGGACGAGAUGGUUCCCAGGCUGGUGAAGCUCUUCGACUUCCCGGGACGUGGCGCCGCCCAGAUCUACGCGGGAUACACCUGCUCCUUCGCCGUCAGCGAGACCGGUGGGUUGUUCUUCUGGGGCGCCACCAACACCUCCCGCGAGUCCACCAUGUACCCCAAGGCCGUGCAGGACCUGUGCGGGUGGAAGAUCCGCAGCCUGGCCUGCGGGAAGAGCUCCGUCAUCGUGGCAGCCGACGAGAGCACCAUCAGCUGGGGGCCCUCGCCCACCUUCGGGGAGCUGGGAUAUGGGGACCACAAACCCAAAUCGUCCACGGCGGCGCAGGAGGUGAAAACCCUGGACGGGAUCUACACCGAGCAGGUGGCCAUGGGCUAUUCCCACUCGCUGGUGAUCGCCCGGGACGAGUCGGAGGCGGAGCAGGAGAAGCUGCGGAAGCUCCCGGAGUACAACCCCCGCACCCUCUGAGGGGCCCCGAUCCCAAUCCCGAUCCCAAUCCUGCUUCUCCAUCCCGGCUGCCGUGCUCCCUCCCCGUUCCUGCACUCCCAGCCCUCGGGGGGGUCAUUCCCACCUCCAUUCCUGGCUUUUGGAAUUCCCGACCGCAGCCGGGCCUUCCGGCAUGUCCCGCCCCGGGUUUUGUAGGGUCUGGCCUUGAAUUAUUUUUUAUUUUAUUUGUAUUUUUCCGCA